AUGUGGAAAGAGCCCCCGGCAAUUCUGACGGGGAUCCCCUUUCUCGGCCCCAUCGCCGGUAUGAUUCGGGAGAAAUCGCGCUUCUAUAUACGUCUGCGCGACACGUACAAGCUGUCCAUCUAUACCCUGCGCUUGCCGUUCAUACGAAUGCAUGUCGUGAACGCGACCGAGCCCGUUCCGACGCUGCAGAAACAGUGGCGCACCGUCAGCUUCGACGCAUUCGCCGCCGACUCCGGCUUCAUCUUUGGCAUGAGCAAGAAGGCCAACGAACUGAUGCAUCACGACAUGACGAGCGACAACGGCUUCAUGUUGAGCGCUCUCAAAUACAUCUUGCCUUCGGUGUCGCCCGGCCCCGACCUCGACGACAUCAACCGGAGGGCCAUCCAGAUCCUUGCCAAUGAGACGGACAAGGUCCGCGCCCGGGGAUCUAUGCGGGCCGGCCUGCAGAAAUGGACGCGCGACAUCAUGGUCUUGUGCACCUCGGACGCCGUUUGGGGUCCGCAAAACACGUACCGGGACCCUGUCGUGGCCGAGGCCUGGAAGACAUUCGAGGCGGGCUUCUUCACCCUCGCCAUGUUCCCCCGGGCACCCUUCCUCUUCCCGAAGCUCAUCCGUGCACGAGAGGUUGUCGCCGCCGCCUUGAUAGUCUACUUCCACCGGGGCGGCCACAAGGCGGCAUCGGCGCUUGUACGCAUGCGCUUCGAGCAUCACCAUGACAUGCACGGCUUCAGUGUUGAGGAUGUCGCGCGUGGCGAGCUUGGCAACACGGUGGCCUUGCUGGCCAACUCGACGACGGUGCUGGCCGACGUGCGCGGCGAAGUGUCGGCGCUGGUGAGCACGAAAACUGAGGGCGGGCGCCAAGUCGACGUCGUGGACCUGGUAAAGGUCACGGAGGCCUGUCCCAUCUUAGCGAGCCCUUUCCCGGAGACGCUGCGGUGCCGCGCUCUCAACCCUAGGUCGCGCCUGCUGCUCCAUGACAAGGGCAGCAUGCUGAUGAUUCCGGCGCCCCAGCGCCGCCGGCCCAACCGCGUCGGCUUCCGCGCCUUUGGCCGUGGCCACGUCCUUUGCCCCGGCCGCCACUUUGCCAGCACCGAGCUCAUGGCUCUGGCGGCGCUCAUGGUGCUGCAGUUCGACGUCGUGCCUGUCGCCAACGGCGGUAAGUGGGCCACGCCGACUUUGCACAACUCCCCUGUGCAGGCCGGCUUCCCCGUUAUCGACGACGACAUUGACGUCGACAUCCGCCCUAGAGAUCCAAGUGCCGAGUGGCGCGUCGAGUUUUCCGGCUCUAAGAAGGCCAUGAAUAUUGUGUCUGAAGACAUAUCGGGCAUGGUUGAAUGA